UAACAUUACCGGGUCAGUUGGUCGAUCAAGAAUCAAUAAUGUCAAAUGAUCCAAAUGGUUUCGCAAGCCGACUAUUACAAACGAUGCAACGCAUUAGAGCGAUACCUCCGCGUGAACAUAACAACCGCAUACAACUUGAUAAACAUCUAGAGGCCUGUAAAUUCGUUUUUGUUCGAGUCGACGCAGUGAGAAAACCAUUGAAACAACCGUACGAAGGACCUUACAAAGUAAUUAAACGAACAAACAAACAUUUCAUCAUCAAUAAAAAUGGAAGGAAUGAGACAAUUUCCAUAGACCGAAUAAAACCGGCUUUCUACGAAAUUCUUCAAGACGCGGAAGACAAUACUACGAACGAAUCACCACUCCCAUCUAUCGCUAAGAAACAAGAGGAAAAACAAAAACUUAACAGUACCCCCUCUUGUUUAACACGUUCUGGGAGACUUGUAAAAAAACCGAAACGUUAUGUACAUUUCGCCGUAUAAAAAAAAAAACUACAACCAAUCAAAACAAACAAUCAUCAAGGACCGACAAUAUCAAUCCUAC